AUGGGGGCUGCUUCCUCUUCUGCUGCUGCCCCGCCCAGUGAGGCAGCAGCAGCAGCAGCAGCAACAGCAGCAGCAGAUGGUUUUGCUGCUGCUCCCCUCCCCAGCAGCAGCGACUCCACUAGCGCCAUAAUUCUCUGCGAGGAUUUCCUGCAGCAAUUUAGCCGCACACGCCGGUACCCGCAGCAGCAGCAGCAGCAGCAACAGCAGCAGCAGCAGCAGCAGCCAUAUGAUGGCGUCGAAGAUGACAGCAGCUAUUCAGUUUUCCCCCCAGCAAACCCGCUAUGGUUUCCUGUAGCCGUAGUGGGCAGUGGCAGGCCCGAAGCAGCAGUGCAGCAGCAGCAGCAGCAGCAGGAGCAGCAGCAGCAGCAGCAGCAGGGGCUUGACUUUCUGCAGCAGCAGUAUAUAAAGGAGCACCAGCGGCAGCAGGAGGAGCAGCAGCAGCGGGAGCUUUUGCUGCUGCAGCAGCAGCAGCAGCAGCAGCAGCAAAGCAGGUUUCUAGCUUCUCGAGUCUCUUCCCUUUCCCGUGCUCUUGCUGCAGCAGGUGCUGCUCCUUUAGGUGAUGUUCCCUGCGAGCAGCAGCAGCAGCAAGUCUCCCAGUGUCUGCAGCAACUGCAGCAGCAGCAGCAGCAGCAGCAAAAGGAGCCUUUGCUGCCUUGCGCCCACGCAGUCGACGCUUUACUAGCCUGUGCAGCAAAGGUUAAGAGACAGAGCAUGUAG